GCAAUGGUACAGCUUUCUCCCUCCAGUCCCCAAGGUUGCGGGGAGCACCAGCUGGCCAAGAAUGCUGAGGACAUUAAGAGCCAGGGAGGUGUCAGCCCGCUGCAAACCUCCAUCUCGUCGGCCUUGUCGCCCCUUCAGGCCUUUGAGACGUACUUGGACAAUGGACUGGUUAGCUUGAAGCACAAGAUCAGAAACAUUGAGAAAAAGAAGGUUAAACUGGAAGAUUACCGAGAGCGCUUAAGCAGUGGAGAAACUCUUAAUCAAGACCAAUUGGAGGCCGUUGAGAAAUACGAAGAGGUCCUUCACAACUUGGAGUUUGCCAAGGAACUCCAGAAAACAUUUUCUGUUUUGAACCAAGAUUUAUUGAAGGCGCAGAAGAAAGCCCAAAGACGAGAGAAUCUGUUAAAAAUUGAAGUGGAAAAGAAGAGACUGCGAGCUGUUCUGCAGGUCCAGUACAUGCUACAGACUUUCAGCCAGGAUCAUGUACAGAAGGACUUCAAAGAUGGGUCAAAUGGGGCCAUGUAUAUUUCACCUAAAGAACAUGAGUACCUUUCUAAGUUCUCCAAACUUGUUUGUCCCAAGAAACCACUGAUCAUGAAUCUUGAAGACCAGACGGAUCAAUCCUCCAUCUACUUGUGGAACCUCUUGGAAGGCAGCGAGAAGCCGGUGGCCGGGACAAACUAUAAAUAUUUAAAAGACUUGGUGGCAAGGAUGCUGGAGUGUGGAUACUUUGAUAGUGUACCUGACCCUCCAGAGCCAAAAAAGCCAGAGCCAGUUCCAGAAAGGACCCUGAAGACCAAGGAAGUGAAAACCACCCCGGUCCGGGAUCAAAGUGGAAUAAAUUCUACUCCUGACCCUAAACCAUACAUGGAAUACAUCAAACGGGAUAUUCAGUCUUGUGAGCCAAUUAGAAACUGCAUACAAAAGAUGGAUCUGGUAAAGGAGGCCAAGUCGCUGAGGUCCCUACAUGCCAGCUGCACUAAACCUGAAGGCUUAAAGCCCUGGGGGGCGCAUGCAGACUUGAAGCCACAGGACACAAGGAGAUGGCCAACUCCUCAACCUCUAACUCCGCUCAAGCCAUGGGAGACUGGAAGCAUUGCUCAGACUUGCCCUGCUCCUAAGAAAAUUGAGGCUGAACCAAAAGAGCGACGUGAUCGCGUGCCCAAGGUUCAGGUGGAAGCAAAACCAGCUGCCAACAACGUUAAGGACUCGAAGGUAUCUCAAACACUGAAGAAAAGGGAGGUGCAUCUUACUGUUCAGGAAACCAGCAACUUAUCCUCAGGAUCACCUACGACACAGAGUCACAGGACCCUUCCACAGGUAGGCACAGAGUUCUGUUCCUCGCCAACUCUUCCAAAAGAUCCAGAGCUCAGAAAACAGAAGCUUAAAGAUCUUAUAGAUCAGAUCAAAGGAACGUACAACUUCAUGCAGGAUUCCAUGCUGGAGUUUGAAUUUCCAUCACCAAGAUCAUCCUCUUCAAGACCACCUCUCCAAAGCACCCCAAUAGUGACAACAGAGUUAAGCCGGAUGAGCAAACAAGAUUCUGUUCUGCCUCCUGAGAAGAGCCCAGUUACGCCUACUCCAGAAGAGGAAGUAUUCAGCUCGGAGGAGAUCUAUGUGGCCAACUCGAGUGUCUCUGAGCCGUUACCGGAGAGAGAUCUGACUCCUGUCACCGUGUCCAAUGACCAAUUGGUAUCGCCCAAAACUCAAACCAGCCCUUCAGCAUUACAGAUCCAGCAGGAAGCUCUGCCAAUGUCUCCUCGGUGCACUCCUGUCUCAGUGAGCUCCUCGCCUUUUCAGGGAAUGCAGGCUGUGUUCAAAGUUAAUCCGCCUCUGCCUCUGCGUAAAGAACCUGAGAUGAAGCAUGAAGUGCGGUAUUCUCCAGAGUUCCACCAGACUUUCUCCACCGUGAGCACGCAAACGCUGCCUCACUGCUCCUUGGAUGCAAAUGCUGCAGAACAGAACUUCAUUCAAGAGCCUCUAACAGGAAGCCCGUACACCAGCUCCUCGGUCCACCAGAUGAAUAACGUGACCUGUUACACCUCUUCGCCAAACAUGAUGCCCCGGAUUACACAGCCAUAUGUCACCAGCCGUGGUACCAUCAGGGGCAGCAACAGGGGACGUAUUAUGACUAACGGCUUUCGCUGCCCUACGCCAUAUAAAGGCAACCCCGGGCCUGAGAGCUACCGAGGUGCCCACUGUCCGACUAACGGGAGUUACAUGCACACAUCCUACCCCGGGAGAGAGUAUAACACGGCGCAGUUUGUACCCAGGGAUGGGAACACGCACCUGUGCCACAAGAAACCGGUUACAACAAAUCGGCCCAGCUCAAGAGGGUGGAGCGAGUCUUCCCAGCUCAGCAGUCCAGAAAGAGAUGAGGUCUUCAAUAGCAUUGAUUCGGGACAUGGGGACUCCCGCAGCCUCUCUCCUGCCGACGUGUCUAUGAGCAGCCAGGCUGCCACGCUCUUGCCCGUCCAUGUCUAUCCUCUCCCUCAGCAAAUGAGGGUUGCUUUCUCUGCGGCCAGAACAUCCAACUUCGCUCCUGGGACUCUAGAUCAGCCAAUUGCGUUUGACCUCUUGCUGAACAACUUGGGCGACAGCUUUGAAUUCCAGCUGGGGCAUUUCAUGUGUCCAGUAAACGGCACUUACGUCUUCAUAUUCCACAUGCUGAAGCUAGCCGUCAACGUUCCUUUGUAUGUCAACCUCAUGAAAAACGACGAGGUCCUAGUGUCUGCCUAUGCCAACGAUGGGGCCCCGGACCACGAGACCGCAAGUAACCACGCAGUCUUGCAGCUUUUCCAGGGAGACCAGAUAUGGCUGCGCCUGCACCGGGGUGCGAUUUAUGGCAGCAGCUGGAAGUAUUCGACCUUCUCGGGAUACCUGCUUUACCAGGACUGAAUUUUUUCUGAGGAAAUGUGGGCUGAA